CCCUCUCCGUGCGGUGCGCGGGGCAGCUGGUCUGGAGAGUAUGGAGGUGGCUCCCCAGGACGCGCCGGCGCCCUCCGAGCCCCGGGGGCUGCGCUGGCUGCUCACGCUCAACUUCCGAAAAGAGCUGCGGGAGCUGCUGUGUCUGGCCGGCCCGGUGUUUUUGGCUCAGCUGAUGAUGUUCCUAAUCAGUUUCAUAAGUUCUGUGUUCUGCGGCCACCUAGGAAAGCUGGAACUGGAUGCUGUCACCCUUGCAAUUGCUGUUAUAAAUGUCACUGGCAUUUCAGUUGGAUUCGGCUUGGCUUCAGCCUGCGAUACACUCUUCUCCCAGACAUACGGCAGCCGCAACCUGAAGUACGUGGGGGUCAUUGUCCAGCGAGGGAUCCUCAUGCUCCUGUUGUGCUGUUUCCCCUGCUGGGCUGUCUUCAUCAACACCGAGCAGAUCCUGCUCCUCUUCAGACAGGAUCCCGAUGUGUCCCGGCUUACCCAGACCUAUGUCCUGAUCUUCAUCCCUGCUCUUCCCGCAGCCUUCCUUUACAUAUUGCAGGUUAAAUAUUUGCAGAACCAGGGAAUAAUCCUUCCCCAGAUCGUCACGGGAGUGGCCGCCAACAUCCUCAACGCCCUCAUUAACUACCUGCUUCUUCAUCAGCUGAGCCUGGGUGUGAUGGGAUCUGCGCUGGCGAAUACCAUUUCCCAAUUCACCCUGACCAUACUCCUCUUUCUGUACAUCGUCUGGAGAAAGCUGUAUCUUGAUACCUGGGAAGGGUGGUCCCUUGACUGCCUGCAUGAUUGGGACUCCUUCCUUCACCUGGCCAUCCCAAGCAUGCUCAUGCUCUGCAUUGAGUGGUGGGCGUACGAGAUCGGGAGCUUCCUCAGCGGUACCAUCAGCAUGGUGGAGCUGGGAGCGCAGUCUGUUGUCUAUGAGCUGGCUACAAUAGUGUACAUGAUCCCCACAGGAUUCAGCGUGGCCGCCAGCGUUCAUGUUGGAAACUCGCUGGGAGCGGGAGACAUCGAGCAGGCCAAGAUCUCCUCGGCUGUUUCUCUGCUGACCACAGAAAUGUUUGCCGUCACCUUGUGCAUCAUACUUGCAAGCUGCAAAGAUGUCAUUGGGUACAUUUUCACCAGUGACAGAGAUAUCAUCACUCUGGUGUCCAAGGUCAUUCCCAUCUAUGCCUCCUCUCAUCUCUUUGACGGCUUUGCAUGUACCUGCGGUGGGAUCUUAAGAGGAUCAGGAAAUCAGAAGAUUGGGGCCAUCUUGAAUGCCAUUGGCUAUUAUGUCAUUGGUCUCCCCAUUGGAAUCUCAUUGAUGUUUGCGGCCAACCUUGGGGUGAUAGGUCUGUGGUCAGGCAUCAUCAUCUGCUCCAUCUUGCAAGCCGCCUGCUUUCUGGGCUUCAUCUUACGCUUGAACUGGGAAAAGGCCAGUGAAGAGGCUCGAGUGCGGGCCAAGUUGAAGGGACAAGUGACCAGGGCUCGGAACCACCAAGAUCGGGUCAUCUAUCAGGGCCCAAUCCCAUCAGUGGACUCGGAGCAUCAGGCUGGUGUUUUACUGGGAGAUGCGGGCGAUGUUGUCAGCAAAGAGGAGAGCCAGGCAGAAGAACGACCCGUGAAGCCGGAGGAGCCCCUUUCUGGGGCCCAUUCCAAAAACAAGGCCUUAUCUUUGAAAGACUUGAUCCUGCGGAGGGGGCUGGCGCUGCUGGCAGCCGUCUUAAUCUUGGUGGUGGGCGUUUUGGUGAGGCUCUACACAGGAACAUAGCCACAAGUCGAGGGGCUGUUUGUGCCAACGAAGGAAUCGGCGGUAAAUCUCCAUUCCCCUUCCCCCAAAGGUGACAGCAAUUGGCCGCCAGCUAACAGGACAGGCUUUGUGGUGUGGUGGAAAGAACACUGGUCUUGGAGUCAAGAGGACCCGAGUUCAAAUCCCCGGUUCUGCCACUCACUACUAUUACCAUGGGACACUGAACAAAUUACGUUACCUCUCGGAGUCUCAGUAUCCUCAUCUGUAAAAUGGAGAGGCUAGCCUCAGAAGCCCCUUCUGGUUCUAAUCCUGACUCUGCUGUGCCUAUGGAUGUCCUCUGAGAAUCGACAGGGCAAGUACCUAUUGCCUGCCUGAAGGAAAGGAGCCGAGGCCUGGUCCCAUCCCUUCCUCUGAGAGGCUCUUCUGAGUGUUAACUGAUCAUCCAUCACUGACUUGGAGAAGAACUCCAGUGACUGCUUAUAUAUAUUGUGCUCUGCUGAUAUAGUAGCUUGCUGUUUUGUUUUUUUCCCAGAAAUAUAAACCCAUGCAUCUUGAAGGGCUUGUGGAAAUUUUAGAAAUCAAUUUUCAAAAGCCUUCUCUCUCAAUAAAUCUUUA